AACGAAAAAAACUAAGAAAAUAUGUUUAGAUUUGUUGUAAUUUUAGUAGUUGCUUUAAAUUUAAUAAAUUACACAGAACAACAAUUUAGAUUUGGAUUCCAACCAGCCCAACCGCCACCAUUACCGCCCACAGGAUGUCCUCGCUAUUUCCAAUAUGUUUUAUACGAAGGAGAAUAUAUUGGUUUGCUGACAAUCCCAUUGACUGCCAGCAAUAUGGAUCUGGUGGUGCAUUUAAGCCAAAGGGAAGGCAUUGAUACGGUAAAUGGUUAUUUUGGCAGGAUAUACCUAACGGAGAGCAGUAAAGCGAAUGUAAACCAGAUACAGCCUGGAGAGCCGGUUUCAUACCACAUUGAAUUUCCCUCAGUUACUGAAAUACCAAAGUUAUCCAGGAUAAUGGUGAAUGGUCAGGAUAUUUGUGUGGAUACUGAAUAUCCCCAACCCAGCACUCGGCUGUACUUGAAACAUCAUCUGCGUAGCAAUAAUGUAAAAAUUGCAAUGCAACCGCUGUAUUAUCAAGAUCCCAAUGGAAACUUUAGAUCUUUUCGUGGAAAUUCCAAUAAUAGAAUAUUACAGCAACCUCAAUCACAAAUACGGCAAGUGCCACAAGUCCGCCAGCAAGUGGUGCAAACACCGCCUGUUCGACAGAUACCUCAGCAGGCACCUCCACAAUUCGGACAAGUACAACAAAUAAGCCCCCAAACACCAGCGCAGCAGGGUAUUGGUCAAAGAUUCAGUCAAAAUCCAGGUCUGACUCAAAAUGUAUGUGGUCAGGAUUCGAGUGUAACACCCUUCAUAUAUGGUGGCCAACAAAUUGCACCUGGCCAGUUUCCAUGGUUAACGGCGAUAUAUGUCAAAUCGGCUGGUUUGCGUUUUCUUUGCGGUGGAUCAUUGCUUUCGACGAGGACAGUGUUAUCGGCAGCUCAUUGCUUUAAACUCGGUGGACUAACCGCUGACCGUUUGGUAAUCAAUGUUGGGCGCCAUAAUUUAGAAGAUUACAGUGAACAAAAUUUCCAAACACGAGAAAUUCAGAAUUUAAUUACCCAUCCCGAGUUUACAUCAACCCUCUUUCCCGAUGCUGAUUUGGCGGUUUUACAUCUGCAGAGACCCGUUGAAUAUACAAACUUCAUACGGCCGAUAUGUCUGUGGAGUGAACCGGUAGAUUCCAACUUGAUUGUUGGCCAGACAGGUGUGGUAGCCGGUUGGGGUGGCGAUGAACAUGGCGAGAGUUUCACACCAAUACCGAAAAAGGUGGAAGCGAAUAUUGUCAGUGACAGUGAUUGUUUGAGAUCAUCACAGGCAUAUAGUACCUUAACCUCGAAGCGGACAUUUUGUGCUGGGAAUCGCGAUGGUAGUGGUCCAUGCAUGGGAGAUUCGGGUAGUGGUCUAAUGAUAAAUCGCAAUGGCCGAUGGUUUCUGCGAGGAGUUGUCUCCGCAGGACAAACAAAGCAGCAGAAAUGUAAUCUCCUCGAAUACGUGGUGUUCUGUGAUGUGGCACAACAUUUGCAAUGGGUGCAAAGUAAUAUCGUAGAUUAAGAUAAACUUAUCCUUGUUGUAGUGAUGUAAAUAAUUUAUUGUAAAUAAAAAAUAGUAUUAUUAUAUUUU